CGUUGCCAGGGGAACGGUCCGGAAUGGCGGUCACUGGGCUGCGGUUAAGUGGAGUCGAUCUUGUUCGGGAUUCGGUCUCCACUGUGGGAAUCGGCCUCUCCUCUUCCUGCCCCCGGAACAGUGAGUGUCUGUCAGCGCCUCACCGCACCGGCUCUCUGCCUCAGAUUACAGACUCCAGUAGCUGAAGUGAAGUUAACUGGACUACAGUCAGCUGCUUUUUAUCUUCCACCCUUCUUCAACAAUGGUUUUCAACUCCACUGGGACCUUUCCGUAACAAUUGUUAUUCGCCAGCAGCCGGCAUGAAAUAAUCAAGCAAUCGCAGCAAGGAGAUCCUUUAAUAGACAGUUGGUGCACAGCCAAUCAUAAGCGAUGGGCCGGCCCUUCCCAGCGGUAUAAAGGCCUGUGCUGGAGCCCGUUUCGUCUAUCUUGUUCCUGUGUUUCAGCCCGUGUUCUCUCUCCUGAAGCAGAAUGGCCCGCACCAAGCAGACAGCGCGCAAAUCGACUGGCGGAAAAGCUCCUCGCAAACAGUUGGCGACCAAAGCGGCGCGGAAGAGCGCUCCUGCCACCGGCGGAGUGAAGAAGCCUCAUCGCUACCGGCCCGGCACCGUGGCUCUGAGGGAGAUCCGGCGCUACCAGAAAUCCACCGAGCUGCUCAUCCGCAAACUUCCCUUCCAGCGCCUGGUCCGGGAGAUCGCUCAGGACUUCAAAACCGAUCUGCGUUUCCAGAGCUCGGCCAUCAUGGCCCUGCAGGAGGCAAGUGAGGCUUACCUGGUCGGGCUCUUUGAGGACACUAACCUGUGCGCCAUCCACGCCAAGCGAGUCACCAUUAUGCCCAAGGACAUCCAGUUGGCCCGCCGCAUCCGCGGGGAGCGCGCCUAAGCCCAGCCUACACUCCGAACACCAGAAAAGGCUCUUUUAAGAGCCACUACCACGGCAAAGGAAAGGGCUGUAGCUUGCUCAUUAUUAUUGUAGUUGCGAUCUGCCCUGCCGAUCGAUUUUGCGCUAAUUGACCCCGAGCAUCAGUUCUGUGCAGACAGGGUAAUUCAGCGAGGGGUAGGAGAUAAUAGAGAAUGGACAGUAGGUGCAGGAGUAGGCCAUUCGGCCCUACUAGCCAGCACUGUCAUUCGCUGUGAUCAUGGCUGAUGCACAAUCAGUACCCGAUUCCUGCCCUCUCCCCAUAUCCCUUGACCCCGCUAUGUAUAAGAGCUCUAUCUAACACUCUUGAAUGCAUCCAGAGAUUAACGCGCUUCCCUCCCUGUCAGGGUCUCAUCUGGCCCUUCACUUCUCCCACAAACCUGUCGUGUACAGCUGGUGCGGCUGUUACCGUUUUGUUUGCUUUGGACAUGGGGAUACGUUCGUACCCGCUGUGCUUGGAGUGGAGCAUCCCCGACGCGAGGGGUAGAGUGGGGGAUUUCGGGGGGCGAUGACUACCAGGAAAUAGUGAUUUUUUAAUUAGAUUUCACUAUCUUGUACAUUUUUUAUAUUGGUGUUUUGUGUAAAUUAACAAUGUAGUUUUGUAGCUGGGGCCUGCAUGAAGGUCAGUCGGCAAUGCCACCGGGUAGUUUAUCAUAUAUCCUCUCGCUACAGUCCGUCCCAGAGACGGUUCCCUCUCUCAACACGCCCCCUCCCCUCUCGCGUAGGUUUCAGCAGUUCCCAAUCAACUCAGCUGAAUCUCCGCCGGUGUCUAUGUCUCAGUCACUCUCUCCCAGAUCGGAGAAGGAAUUGGGCCUGAAAUUGCCCACAUCCCAUAUCUCUCAAUCUCAGCUCGGGCAUCCACGUUUCAUUUCAGACACCGCACCAAAUGUCAGAGGUACCGGCAAUCUCGGGUUCCAUUGAGAAGUUCUCAAUCGGACCCGGCGCGGGAAUCACAAUGCUCUGAAUCAGCUCUUUUCUGAGAUGUGGGUGGCUCUGAGAAGAGCCGUUGGGUUCAGAUACACACAAAUGGUGGAUUCUCAAUUC